UGCACUCGCGCCCAGAGCACGGUGGCAGCGGCGGCGGCGGCGGAGAAAGCGGCGGCGGCGGCGGCGCAGCUCCGGCGAGCAAGGCAGGCGCAGCGGCUCCCGCACGGCCGAGCGCGGACUGCGGGGGGCGCCCGCGCCGGAGCAGCAGGAGGAGGACGCGCGGCGGCGCCGGCGCCCUGCCCGGGAAAGUAAAGUUGGAGUCGGAGGCUGCACGAGGGCUCGGGGGCCCAGGGGAGCGGCGGCCAGCGCCCCGGCGCGCCGAGCCCUAGCCAGCCGGAUGGGAGGCGGAGCGCCCGGGCCGCCGCCGCCAGCAGCCAGCGCCCCGGCAGGGCGCUGGGGCCGCGGGGCCGCUCGGGCACGCCCGCUCCAGCGCCGCGGCGCCGUGGGCUCGCGGCCGGGGCGCUCCCCGUGAGUGGGGCGAGGGCGGGGCCGCGCAAGGACCCCGGGACUUUCCCCAUCCCCCCGCCGCCGCGUCGCCGCUCGCUCCGGGAGCCUCCAGCUCUGCACUUACGCGCGCGGCAGCUGCGGGGAGCCCGGCAGCCACGCUCCCUGGCGCGCUGCUCGCCCGCCGAGCCACCACGGCCAAGGGCCGGCUGCGGGGCGUCGCGGUCCCUGGCCGGCGCGGCCGAAGAGCAGGUGGCGAUGCAGGCGCUGACCCGGGCCUCGGGGCACCCGAGCCGCCACGGCUGCGCCCCGGCUCCAGGGGGGACCGCGUAGCUCGCGGGAGGGCCAUGGCGUCCCCAGCGCUGGCGGCGGCGCUGGCGGCGGCGGCGGCGGCGGGCCCCAACGCGAGCAGCGCCGGCGAGGGGGGCAGCGGCGUGGCCGCCAACGCCUCGGGCGCUGCUUGGGGGCCGCCCCCGGGCCAAUACUCCGCGGGUGCGGUGGCAGGACUGGCGGCCGUGGUGGGCUUCCUCAUCGUCUUCACCGUGGUGGGCAACGUGCUGGUGGUGAUCGCUGUGCUCACCAGCCGGGCGCUGCGUGCCCCGCAGAACCUCUUCCUGGUGUCUCUGGCCUCGGCUGACAUCCUAGUGGCCACGCUGGUAAUGCCCUUCUCUCUGGCUAACGAGCUCAUGGCCUACUGGUACUUCGGGCAAGUGUGGUGCGGCGUAUACCUGGCGCUCGACGUGCUCUUCUGCACCUCGUCCAUCGUGCACCUGUGCGCCAUCAGCCUGGACCGAUACUGGUCCGUGACGCAGGCGGUCGAGUACAACUUGAAGCGCACGCCCCGCCGCGUCAAGGCCACUAUCGUGGCGGUGUGGCUCAUCUCGGCCGUCAUCUCCUUCCCGCCGCUGGUCUCGCUCUACCGACGGCCCGACGGCGCCGCCUACCCGCAGUGCGGCCUCAACGACGAGACCUGGUACAUCCUGUCCUCCUGCAUCGGCUCCUUCUUCGCGCCCUGCCUCAUCAUGGGUCUGGUGUACGCGCGCAUCUACCGCGUGGCCAAGCUGCGCACGCGCACGCUCAGCGAGAAGCGCGCGCCCGCGGGCCCCGACGGCGCGUCCCCGACCACGGAGAACGGGCUGGGCGUGGGGGCGGGCGAGAACGGGCACUGCGCGCCCCCGCGCCGCCCGCCGGCAAACGUGGAGCCGGAGGACAGCAGCGCAGCGGCCGAGAGGCGGCGGCGCCGGGGCGCGCUGCGGCGGGGCAGGCGGCGGCGUGCGGGCGGCGAGUGGGGCGCGGGCGGCGCUGAUGGGCCGGGGCCGGGGCCCGGGCCCGCCGAGCCGGGCACGCUGGCCGCCGCGAGGUCCCCGGGCCCUGGCGGGCGCCUGUCGCGCGCCAGCUCGCGCUCCGUCGAGUUCUUUCUGUCGCGCCGGCGCCGGGCGCGGAGCAGCGUGUGCCGCCGCAAGGUGGCCCAGGCGCGCGAGAAGCGUUUCACCUUUGUGCUGGCCGUGGUCAUGGGCGUGUUCGUGCUCUGCUGGUUCCCCUUUUUCUUCAGCUACAGCCUGUAUGGCAUCUGCCGUGAGGCCUGCCAGGUGCCCGACCCGCUCUUCAAGUUCUUCUUCUGGAUCGGCUAUUGCAACAGCUCCCUUAACCCGGUCAUCUACACCGUCUUCAACCAGGACUUCCGGCGCUCCUUCAAGCACAUCCUCUUCCGACGGAGGAGAAGGGGCUUCAGGCAGUGACCAGAACGCUUCAUCUCUCGAGGAGACCUUGGACAGCUCCGGGCGGACCGUGUGGGCGGGCGCGGCCCCCGCGGAGAAAGCAGGAGUGCUUCCCCAGAGACCCGGGGGUGGAUUGGCCUCCACGGCGCAGGGGAGGGCGCCACAGGGCAGGAGUGUGGAC